CGCAGGAAUCCCGAGACAUAGAGAUAGAGAGAUAGAGAGAUGGCAGGCAUACAACAGCAACAACUAGUGAAUGAUACAUUGCCUGCACCAUGGAAUGGAUCAAGCAACCGAAUAGCUUCUGUUAAUGUGGAGGGCCAGCCACAACCUUUGGUCGAUGAUCUUGAGUUGGAAGACCCAAAUCAUCAGAAACCUGGAUGGAGAAAGUUCCUAUCAUAUGUAGGACCUGGUUUCCUUGUUUCAUUGGCUUAUCUAGACCCUGGCAAUUUGGAAACUGAUCUGCAAGCAGGAGCUAAUCACAGAUAUGAGCUGCUAUGGGUGAUACUUAUCGGAUUGAUCUUCGCUCUCAUAAUACAGUCACUUGCUGCAAACCUUGGUGUCAGCACCGGAAAGCACCUGUCAGAGCUAUGCAAAGCAGAGUACCCAAAAUAUGUCAAGUAUUGCCUGUGGUUGCUAGCAGAGAUAGCUGUCAUAGCUGCCGAUAUCCCCGAAGUGAUUGGGACAGCUUUUGCGCUGAACAUAUUGUUUCACAUCCCAGUAUGGGUUGGAGUUCUUUGCACUGGUUGCAGCACCCUCCUACUACUUGGCCUGCAGAAAUAUGGAGUGAGGAAGCUGGAACUGUUAAUAGCAGUGCUAGUGUUUAUAAUGGCAGCAUGUUUCUUUGGAGAAAUGGGCUACGUAAAACCUUCUGCAACUGGUGUGCUUAAGGGCAUGUUUAUACCCAAGCUGUCAGGCCAAGGAGCCACCGGCGAUGCCAUUGCCCUACUCGGUGCCCUUAUCAUGCCGCACAACCUCUUCCUUCACUCUGCCCUUGUUCUGUCUAGGAAAAUGCCAAAUUCUGCCCGUGGCAUUAAUGAUGCCUGUCGUUAUUUUUUGAUAGAGAGUGGAUUCGCACUGUUUAUAGCAUUUUUAAUCAAUCUCGCAGUCAUCUCCGUAUCUGGGACUGUUUGCUCAGCCCAAAAUCUAUCAUCUGAAAAUGCAGAUCGAUGUGGAGAUCUCACCCUUAACUCUGCCUCCUUCCUUCUUCAGAAUGUGCUGGGAAAAUCAAGCUCCAAAAUUUAUGCCAUUGCUUUGUUAGCCUCAGGGCAAAGCUCCACUAUCACAGGCACUUAUGCAGGACAAUACAUCAUGCAGGGUUUCUUGGAACUUAAGAUGAGAAAAUGGAUUCGGAACCUGGUGACUAGGUGCAUUGCCAUUGCUCCUAGUCUUGUUGUCUCGAUUAUUGGUGGAUCAUCGGGCGCAGGCCGACUAAUCAUCAUUGCAUCGAUGAUUCUUUCUUUUGAACUACCAUUUGCUCUCAUCCCGCUUCUUAAAUUCAGUAGCAGUACCACCAAGAUGGGACCACACAAGAACUCAAUUUAUAUUAUAGUAAUCUCAUGGAUUUUGGGACUGGGAAUUAUAGGCAUCAAUAUUUAUUAUCUGAGCACAGGCUUUGUGGGCUGGCUAAUUGACAAUAAUCUACCAAAAGUUGGGAACGUUUUCAUUGCAAUUAUAGUAUUUCCUCUGAUGGCAAUCUAUAUCCUAGCAGUAAUCUAUUUAACCUUCAGAAAAGACUCUGUGGUGACGUUUCUGGGGCCAAAUAAGAAUGACCCUCAACAAGAAGCUAACAUGGAAAACGGACUAACCAAAUCUACCGAUGAGGGCCCGGAGAUGGAUCGAGUGCCAUAUAGGGAGGAUUUAGCUGAUAUCCCUCUGCCAGAAUAGAGGGUUUUCUCUGUUACUGGACAAGACACCACUAAUCAAAUCGAGGUUAAAAUGCUGUAAUAUGAAGCCUUUUGGGUCUCGUAAUAGCAGUACUCAUCGUUUGUAAAUUCUAUGAAGCGCUGAAGUUGUAAUUUUGGCUUUUAUUUCAGUUAAAUCGAUCAUGGCCAUUCUAUUGCCUUGAAAA